AGAUUACUAGUUUAAAUAUUGUUCCUUGGUAUUUGGCGAAUGUCAACAAAUAUAACAUGGCGACCCCCAGUUGAAACCAUGCGCCAGAUCAUGGCGGGACAUAAUGUGUAUGUUGGUGCCGAGACUGGAAUACUUAAGGGUAUCCAGAUAACAGAAAGUGAAGUGCAAACCAAAAAUUUCCAUAACUUGACUGCCCUGGAACAGCAAAAUGAGAUAUGCAGCAUGUGCUGGGGAGAUGAUGAUCAGCACCAGUUGCUGUUGGGUUUGCGGUCACAACAAGUCAAAGUGUAUGACACUGAGCAGUCAGCCUUCACAAUGUGCCGCCAGCUAAGCUCCGGGUCCGGCCCUGUCAUCGGACUUGCCAAACAUCAGGGAGCGGUGAUCACCGCUGUGGAGUCGGGUGCGGUGACGCUGUGGCGGUUCGAGGAGUCAGAGCGGGUUACCAUCGACGCCCUGGCCAUCGGGGAGAGCCUCUGCUGCAUGCGCCAGAACCCGGGCCAAUCCAACGUGCUGGCCACCGGCGGCAAGGAGAACGACCUCCAGCUGUGGGACCUCGGCCGGCCAGAGCAGCCGGUCUUCAGGGCCAAAAACGUCCGUCCAGAUAUGCUUGACCUCCGGGUACCCGUCUGGGUGUCGGACAUCGCGUUCAUGGAGGACUCAAGGCGGGUCGCCACCUGCCACCGCCAUUCCGCUGUGCGGCUGUACGACACGGCCAGCGGCCAGCGGCGGCCCGUGCUCUCGAUGACAGUCGGUGACGACGAGCCGCUCACCUGCAUGGCGCUGACGCACCGGCAGCACCAGGUGCUGGUCGGCAGCGGCCGCGGCCGGCUGGAGCUGUGCGACCUGCGUAUGGGCCGUUCGCUGCAGGCGUUGAAGGGGUUGGCUGGCAGCGUGCGCAGCGUCGUCUGCCACCCGCAGCUGCCGUACGCCGCCAGCGUCUCACUCGACCGCUUCCUGUUGGUACACGACCUCGACACGAGAAAGCUGCUGCACAAGGUGUACCUCAAGUCACGACUGAACUGUGUGCUGAUGCGGCGCGACUUCAGCCUCGUGCCCCAAGAGGGCGACGCCGAGGCGGAGCCGGCGGCCGACGCCACCGACGUGGCCGCCGACGAGUUCGAGGACGAGGAGGAUGACCUGCAGAUCGUGGAGGAGUUCAUUGUCGACGAGCCGCCCGAGCCGGAGGCGCCCAAGAAGAAGCGGAAGCUGCCCAAGCUAAAAGUGUCGGGCCAGGAGAUGGAAGGAAGCUCGCCGCGGAAACCGAAGCUGCCCAAGCUGGUGACCCUGUCGAAGAAGAAGAAGAAGAAGACGAAACCGCGGGAAGGGUAGUGGUGUUACGCAAUGCUUUUUCGUGCUGGGGGAAGGGCAGAUAACUCGUGUUUAUGUGUCGUAUGUUUAAUACAGCGGUCCUUUCCAGGUU